AUGUCUCAUAGCCGUUGUCUGCACGGUCGUCUGUGGUCGUCGCCCUUCAAAGUGUUUCUUCCCAUAAACUCAACUUCCACAUCAACCCGAUCCUUCGCCACCACGACCGAUGACCUCCCCACCACCGGUGUCACAGCCAGACCUAGAGCGGCUCGAGCGACGACGUUCGCCGACAAACUCAAUGCGGGACCAUCAUUUGCGGACUUUGUAUCCGCCAAAGAAGCACCGCUCGAUCCAUCCGAGGCAUACGCGCUGAAGACCGCCCUCGUUGGACCGAAAGGGAAAAAGAAAGAAAUCACGCGACUCCCACCAUGGCUGAAAACGCCUAUCCCGGACACGGCAUCGUACAAGAAAAUCAAAAACGACCUGCGCGGCCUGAACCUACAUACAGUCUGCGAAGAGGCGCGAUGUCCCAACAUCUCGGACUGCUGGGGCGGGAGCAGCAAGUCGGCCGCGACGGCGACGAUCAUGCUCAUGGGCGACACAUGUACACGCGGUUGUCGGUUCUGCAGCGUCAAGACAUCCAAGGCGCCGCCUCCGUUAGACCCGCAUGAGCCCGAACACACGGCGGAAGCAUUGUCACGAUGGGGAUUGGGAUAUGUAGUACUAACAAGUGUGGACCGGGACGACCUGGCCGAUGGCGGCGCCCACCAUUUCGCCGAGACAGUGCGCAAGAUCAAAUCCAAGGCCCCUUCGAUUCUGGUCGAGUGUUUGACCGGCGACUACGCGGGGGAUUUGGAAAUGGUCAAAUUGGUCGCCACGUCCGGGUUGGACGUCUAUGCGCACAACAUUGAGACCGUCGAAGCCUUGACUCCUCAGGUGCGAGACCGUCGCGCCACUUUCCGCCAGUCCCUGAGUGUGCUCAAGGCCGCCAAGGAGGCUAAACCGGGCCUCAUCACAAAGACGUCCAUCAUGCUGGGUCUGGGCGAGCGAGAAGAUCAGAUCUGGGACGCGUUGCGAGAGUUGAGGGCUAUUGAUGUCGACGUUGUCACAUUCGGCCAGUACAUGCGGCCCACGAAACGACACAUGCCCGUCCAUGAAUAUGUCACACCGGAUGUCUUUGAGCAGUGGCGCGUCCGCUCUCUGGAAAUGGGCUUCUUGUAUGUGGCCAGUGGCCCUCUGGUCCGAAGCAGUUACAAGGCGGGCGAGGCGUUUAUCGAAAAUGUGUUGAAGAAGAGACGUGCUGGCAGAGCAGAGACCGCAAGUGCGGAUAUCGCGGGCGAUAUCCCUGUGACGGCUGUCGAGGGCGGAAAGAUUUGA